CGGCGGUGCGGGGAGGCUGCGGCUCUGCCCCCGCCGCCCGCCCCGGCUCGGCCCCGCCGCGGCGGAGGGAGCGGAACGGAGCGGGGAGGGGCCGGGCCGGGCGCCAUGGCGGGGCGGGAGCGCUGAGGCGGCGAUGAGGGGGCGGUGAAGCGGCAAGGUGGGAGCCCCACGGCGGCGAUGAGCGGGCUUUGAAGGGGCCGGGCGGCGAUGAGCGGGCUGUGAAGGAAGGGGCCGGGCGGCGAUGAACGGGUCGGGGCGGCUGCCGGCCGGGCCCGCGGAGCAGCUGGGCGCGAACGGCAGCGGCCCCGCGGAGCUGCGGGAGGGCACCCACGCCGCCACGCUGGCCGCCUGCGCCUCCCUGCUGGCCCUCGUCUUCUGCCUCGGCUCCUACGGCAACCUCAUCGUGCUGCUCUCCUUCUUCGACCCGGCCCUCCGGAAAUUCCGCACCGACUUCGACUUCAUGAUCCUCAACCUCUCCUUCUGCGACCUCUUCAUCUGCGGCGUGGCCGCCCCUAUGUUCGCCUUCGUCCUGUUCUUCGGCCCGGCUCGUGGCGUGCCCGGCACCUUUUGCUUCACCUUCCACCUCACCAGCUCCGGCUUCAUCAUCAUGUCGCUCAAGACGGUGGCGGUGAUCGCGCUGCACCGGCUGCGCAUGGUGCUGGGCAAGCACCCGCACCGCGCCGCCUCCGCGCCCUGCUCGCUGCUGCUCACGCUGCUGCUCUGGGCCGCCAGCUUCACCCUGGCCACGCUGGCCACGCUGCGCACCCGCGGCUCCCGCCUCUGCCUGCCCAUGGCCAGCCUGCCCCGCGGGCAGGGCAAGCUCAUCCUCUACCUCUAUGUCACCGACUUCAUCUGCUGCGUGGUCGUCGUGUCCGUGUCCUACGCGAUGAUCGCGCAGGCUCUGCGCAGGAACGCGCGGGCCAGGAGGUGCCCUCCUCCCGCCGUGGCCGUGGGCACCGCCAGGGCUCAGCCCUUCGCGGGGCCCGGGGCCGUGCCCGCUCUGUACAGGACCCAGAGCUGCAGCAAGCCGCCCCACGGCCACGCCAAGCUCGCCGGCCGGCUCCCGCUGGCCUCGGCCGUCAACCUGGCCACGGCCAAAGACUCCAAGGCGGUGGUGACGUGCGUGGUCAUCGUGCUCUCCGUCCUGGUGUGCUGCCUGCCCCUGGCCAUCUCCUUGGUGCAGGACAUGCUGUCCGGCAGUGGUGGCUUUGUGCUCUACCAGUUCGAGCUCUGCGGGUUUACCCUCAUUUUUUUCAAGUCGGGAUUAAAUCCCUUUAUAUAUUCCCGCAACAGCGCGGGGCUGCGGAGACGCAUGCUCUGGUGCCUGCAGUACGUGGCCCUGGUCUUUUUCUGCUGCAAGCACAAGACGAGGCUUCGAGCCAUGGGCAAAGGCAGCCUGGAGGUCAACAGGAACAAAUCGUCCCACCACGAGACCAACUCGGCCUACAUGUUGUCUCCGAAGCCCCAGAAGAAGGGUUUGGAGCAGGCGUGCGGUGCCAGCCACUCCAAGGACAGCGUGCUGAGCCCCAAGGCGUCCGCGGGGCAGCAGCAGCACUACGGGCAGAGCAGCUCCACGCCGAUGAACACGCGGAUCGAGCCCUACUACAGCGUGUACAACAGCAGCCCCUCGGCGGAGGCGAGCACCCCGCACAGCCUGCAGCCCGCGGCCUCCGCCUUCGCCUUCGCCAAGCCCUGCGGCGCCGCGCUCCAUCCCUCGGGCAGCGCGGCGGGGCGGGACUGCGGCGCCGCUCCCGCCAGACACAUCCCGCUGCCCUCCGUGUAGCCUCGGCACGACCCAGCCCUUCCAGAGAGCCUCCCGCUCCGCUUUGGGGAGGAAUUGCUCCAAACUCCGUGAUGCUGCUGCCGAAGAAUAGAACCACCGUUCCUGUUUGCGUUGGAAGCGAACGCGGGGCUGUCGCCUCCUUGACGCGCUCUGGAGUUGCCGUGGAGAGCCAGCAAGGGGGAUAUUUUAGAUUUGGAAUUGUUGUACCAGGGUGGUUUUGUUACUAAGUAAAAACCUAGAUGCCAUGAUUGUGUGGCUCAUUAAGUCAUUAGGCCGGGUUGGACAGGGCUCAAAGUAACCUGGGGCAGGGGAAGGUAUCCCUGCCUGUGGCAUGGGAUGGAACUGGAUCAUCUUUAAGGUCCCUUCCAGCCCAAACCAUCCUAUGAUAAUACCAAGUUUUAUAAAUACCUUGUAUUUUCAGGAAGGAAGAACUGGGGAGAUGCUUGGUAGUAUUUGAGUUUAAACUCUUCCCGUUGCAGGAGGUUGGAAGAACCAAUGUUUUUCAGUGUUAACAAAAGUCCUUUAUCUUCACAAGGUGAAACCCUGCUUCUGUUGAGAUAAAUGGCAAAACUUCCAUGAACUCAGCUGAAGUUCAGGAUUUCAGUAUUGGCUUCUUCAAGUGGGACAGGGCUUUGUUUGGUCAGUGUUCUGUUUCCACUGGGAGGGACAUUUGGGAAGUGUGGCACUGGGAUAAACCUCUGCAGUAGAUAUAUUAAUACCUGGUGGGCGUUGACUUUAAUGAUGGUGGCAGUCUGUAUCCCAAAGGAAUUUGGAGAAGUGUUUUACAUCUGAUAGAAAUAACCAUGCACUACCUAAUUAUUUGCAUUACUUGAUGAUAAAGAUGAAUUUUGCAAUAUUAUGUGACUGAUACACCAGGAGGAGCACAGUCACCUCUGGAAUUCCCUAACUGGUCAGCUGUCAGGCAGAGUCGUGUUGCUGCUUGCUCUUAUGCCCAUGACUUUGUAUAAAUUGGGAUUUGGCCAUUCCUGACAGUCAGAACUGACAGCUGUUAACAUUUCUAAAACCAGAAUGACAAGUUUUUGAGGUUUUGUUAAGUCUUAACAUCAGUUUGAGUUCGUCUGUCUGCUUAGAAAUUUUGUCUGUUGGUCUACACAGUGAGCAAAUAACAGGAGUUGAGUAUUUUUUUAAUAAAUUCA